ACCAGACUGCAUUCAACAAUCAGCUCUUGCAAGCUGAGGUGAGGGCAGCGGUCCAAACUCCACAUGACUCAAAGGCGUCUUUGUAAGUAAAGUGCUUAUAAACGGUGCUUGCAUUUCCAGUACUUUCUUCAGAGUGUAUGCUCUUUCCUUUCUACACUUCUGACUGGAACUGUAUCCAGACUGCCACUCAUCAUGAGAGCCACGCUCCAAGUUGCUCUCCUGCUGGCCGGCUGUGUUUGGGCCACAAUUGCUCAGGCUCAGAGUAGGAAUCAGGGUGAAAUCACUGGCAUUGACGGAGCUAGAAGGACCGAAGCGAUCCGCUUCAGCAACAAAGCCAAAGAUGAUUGUGUAAUGGUUGUAUCGAGCCACCGGAACUCUACAAAACUGCGUGUUUCCUGUAAAACCAAGGGCAAAUCAUAUUGGUGCGAUUUUUUGGGCAAGCCAAACCUGUGCCGGGCCUACAGCAACAACUCAACGCACUAUUUCACCCAGAUCAUGUGGGAGAUGCGUAAAUUACAGAAUUCCUGCCAGGGCCUCCGCGCAUAUAAACCCCACAUGUGCCGCUCUGCAGCAGAUGAAGCACAGAUGGUAUUCCACGCAUCCUGGCCCAAAAUUCAGAAACAGCAACAGCCUGGUAAGGCUGGACAUGCAUCUAAACCAAAAGAUGGCUCCAAAGUGGUUAAGAAUCCAGCUCUCAAACCUAUUCAGCCUCAGAAACCUGUUAAAACCACCACACAGAGCCCAACAGAGACACCAAAGAACUGGGCAGACAAAGUGGCAGAGGAGCACUGUUGGGAGAUUGUACAGGGAAUCUGUUCCUACGUCAUCAACUGGUUCCAGUGAUGAAGAACUUUCAUACACAAAUACACGAGACGUUUGAAUCCAAAUUGGCUGCAGAUUGCAAUAAAAUGACAAGCAAAAAAGCAAAUGAAGACGAAGCAGAAGUUGCUGUAUUGCUCCGAUAUAUGAGAUCAACACCUGUUUAUAUAUCUGCAGUAAAAUAGUCCUGAAUCUCUAAUAAAUAAAUAAAUACUUCAUUAUAUUGGGAAAAAAACUGUUUCUGAUGUAAAUUUUUGUAAUAAA